AUGGGAGGGGCGUACAAAAAGACAAAGGAGAUCAAGUCCAUCAACCGGGACCUGUCGGCCAUUAAAGCAAAGCUCAAUUCUGCCGCGAUGGAAAUGAGCGGCGCAGCGAGGUUCUUGGAUGCGCAGUCGUCUCCGACAUCAUUUGAACGCCUGGAACUCACAAUCUACGGUUGGAAGGAUCAAGGCGAGAAUGAGCAAGUCCAGGGCUUGCGGCCAGAAACUGGCGAAGUCCAGGAAGAUCACCGGAAGUUGGUGGUGCAGAUGACCAACUUGGAGAUAAUCCGCGAACGCAUGCUGAAGAAGAGGGAGGAGAGCCGCUCGCUCAAGAGAAUGGAGGACAACGUCCGCACCUAUCUUAAAAAAGUGGCCGGCAUGCGGCAGAUGGUGACGGUAGACAAGGCCACAUAUCAGACGCCUUCUGGUCAUAGCAUUGAGUAAAUGGUAAGGAAAACUUGCCAAAAAGCGGUUACAGGAGAAGCGCUGGUACCAGGGCAGGCAGGUGGCAAGACAGGAGAAGG